UAUAAUGCACAGUCGGUAGUUGAUAGGUGCCGUUGGUUCGACUUGAUUGCACAUCUGUAGUACGACGGGGUUUCGGCGUUUCACAAUAUCAGAGUAGGUUUGUGAGUUUGUGCUGUAGUUCGUAGAUAUACGUGUCACGACGUAUUCAGAUUUCGGAUAAAUAUUUACUUUCGAAAUAUUUAUUCGGUCAUCGCUUAUGUGUUAUUUAAUAACAAUUAACAUGCACUUCUAAUCAGGCGGCUUAUGGUACGUCACCAAUCAAUUAGGAAGUCUCAUCUAUCUAUUCCCACCGGUGGGCAGCGUGAUCGUAUCCUUCAUGCAAGACCGUUUCGGUCACCGGGUGUGCAUGAUGGUGGCCAACUUCACUCACUUGCUGUCCGUGGUCACGUUGAUGUUGUCCGGCGGCUCAGUCGGGUUGUACGCCAGCUCAGCACUGAUGGGCUUCAACGCGGGAUUCGUGACCAGCUUCUCACUGUCGUACUGCGGAGAGGUGUGUGACCCCAAGCUCCGCGGCACGCUCACCGCAGUACUCAACCUGUUCUACUACGCCGGUUACCUGUGCGUGACCAUGCUGUACGCAGUCACCGCUGACUGGCGACUGUCCGUGCUGUUCACCGCGAUUUUGUCGGUCAUCAAUGCUGCGAUCCUGUUCAAGUAUUAUUGCAUUCAUUCAAAAUCAAGUCCAGCUAUUGCGAUUCGUUUGUUCCGUUUUGUUGAUGUGAUCACCGGAUUACRAGGUCUCGACAUCCGCUGA